AUGUCCACAAUUCAAGACCUUCUUCAAAGGAUCGAACAGCUUGAGAAGGAAAAGGACCAGGAACGACGCGAGAAGGAAGGGGCACAGCAUCUCAACCGCAUCAACCGCAACACAACUUUAGAGGAAUACCUGAGGGCCUGCUACGAGGAUGUCUUAUCUAAGAUCUGUCUCGUUACUGAUGGCUACCUUACGACCAAAGUUCCUACCACCAGCCCUGCUAGAAAGCACUGCCCGAAUCUAGUACCUUGGGACGACUUUGAAUCAAAGCAGGAUGCCAUGAUUGAGCGAAUCGACAAGAUUUUCCCUCAUGACGAGCGGCUAUUUGAGAGCUCAGCCUUCCUCCAAGGCAUGGGCAAUCGUUUAUCAAAGAGGCCGGUUCAGGAUGAAGCUUCUCUUCUUUUUAUCCAGAACAACGCCAUCGAGGACCCCGUGCGCCUUAUCCUCUCCAAGCUCAACGACUUCCAUCCUGAACGAUACGGUCUCGCUAUUCCCGAACAGGUGGACUUUCAGACAACCGCAAGCAGACUCCGCGACCCGACCGACAUGAGGGACACGGUAGAACGAGACGCAAGGCUACGGACGGACCAGAUCUGCGUGUAUCGAAACUCGCGUCAGAAGGAUAUUGCAUAUGUUAUCGAGUACAAAGCACCUCACAAACUCCAUACGGCGCAUUUGGAGCAAGGCCUCCGACCGAUGAACAUUUUUGAAGAAGUCGUUAAUAAGCAGACAAUACCGACGACUGAACCUGAUAAAUUCAAGCACUACGCAGAACUCCUCUCGGCAGCAGCCAUCGCGCAGACGUACCACUAUAUGCUAGAGGCCGGGCUAGAAUAUGGUUACUUGACUAACGGCGACGCAAUUGUUUUUCUCGAGAUCGACUGGGCUGACCCGAAGAUGCUUCGCUACCACCUGGCGCGGCCGUCUCGUGAGGCGACAGAAGACCAAGAGCCCGCCUGGGGUAAUGCUGUCUGCCAAGUCCUUGCCUUUACUAUUAUGGCGCUUCAGUCGGGGUACCAUGGCAAUAACGAACGUGUGGCGGCGGCGGCCAAGUGUGAAAAAUGGGAGGUUGAUUUCAAUUACAUUCUAGAUAAGAUUAUCAAAGAGGAGGAGAGGGAGGAAAGAAGCAACCCGACAACACCUGGGAAAAGAAAGCACCGCCGUGUGCCGAGCAGUCCCGAGUGGCAACCGACCCCUAUUAAGAGGAGGAGGCGGAAUCCACGGCAGCAUUCCCCACCUGGAGACUCAGACCGAGUGCUUCGGUCACGCAAUAAGCGUGACGGUCCUGAAGAAGGCGCAGGUUCCGGCGGAGACAGUGGUGGUGGUGGUGGUGUUGGUGGGUCAAGCCACGCCGGCGGCUCCCCCCAGGCUCCGGGGGGUCCGGGGGACGGCUCGGGCACCGCGGGGUGGCCAUCACGGCUAGCAGCCAGCGGCAACAGUCCGCGUGAGAUGCCUGGGCAAUAUUGCACACGGGCAUGCAUGUUGUCGCUAGUGAACAACCGGCUACUAGACAGCAGAUGUCCCAACGUGGCGAUGCACCGCACCGGGAUGCGGGCUAAAGUCGAGGAUGUCGAGAAGCACAAGAAGACACAAAAACCGCAGAGACAUCCCAUUUCCUACCUACAGUUCAUGGAUCUACUCCGAGAGCAAUUUUCUCAGGGCUUAGAGCCGGGUGUUGUGGUCCUGGGGAAAGAAGGUGCCUGUGGUGCCUUAUUCCAGAUCACGUUAUCAAGGUAUGGCUACACCUUAAUAGCCAAGGGGGUCACCGGAGGACGAGUGCCAGAGCUGGAGAAAGAAGUGGCCGUGUAUCAGAAGCUGCGGAGCCUGCAGGGUCGUGGCAUCCCGGUAUGCCUUGGCUCGGUGGAUCUCAAACCACUUAAGCAAGUCUUCUACUACGACUUAGACGUGCGCAUCAUACGCUUCAUGCUGCUGUCGUACGCCGGCACAGAGGUCAGAGCUCGCAGGGACGAGACCAAGGCACGCAUCAUUAGCACAGUCACUUUGAUCCUAGACGAGAUGCACUGUCUCGGGGUGACGCAUGGGGACAUAAGGUGGCCGAACGUACUACAAGGUCCCGACGGGGAAAUUAAUUUAGUCGAUUUCGACCGCGCUGUGUUUCUGCCAGCCAAAGGCCAACACACUCUCAGCGGCAUCCCGCCGAAUAAGCGGAGGCGGCUUAUGGAGACGGAAGGGGAAGAGCCUUUGUCGGCGAAGCAAGAGCAGCUCUCCCAGACUGCAAUCCAGCAGGACAAUGGCAAUGCACACAGUCUCUUCUCUCUCGAUUGUGGCAGAAUCGUCGGUCAGAGGGUGUGA